AUGAGGAAGAACAGCAAAUCAGGUGUGAGGGAUUGGAAGGAUAUGAGCUACGACGUGUUGCUGAGAAUCUUCAUGACCCUGGAUGUGGUGGAUUUCGCUGUUGUUUCCAUGGUUUGCACCUCCUGGCGGGAUGUUUGCCAAGACCCUUCGUUUUGGGACGGAAAAGAGUUAGAUCUGGGCACCUGGAAAGAUCCAAGAAUUUGCAACUUAAGUUCAAGGACUAUUUCGCUCUUGACGUCUCUUUUAAAUCUCAGCUGCGGCCGAGCACAUUGUCUCAUAUUCAAGUUUCAACAGUAUUUUGACGAUCGCGACUUCAUUAAUGUUGCUAAAAGGAGCCGUAAUCUGAAACGGCUAGUUCUGCCUGGGUGGUUUACAGAUCUCACAAAAAAGGGAAUCAAUCAAGCAAUGGAGCAGUGGGAAGCGCUAGAGUCGAUAACAAUUACUAACACUUUCACAGCUCCUUUUUUUCUGGAAGCCAUAGGCAAAUACUGUCGCAAUUUCUCAGAACUAAAGCUAACUUGCCAUUUGACCUUAAAGAUCGCCAGAACACUGACGAAGCAUGUGCCAAAGCUUAAGGUAUUGAGUCUUCAAUCGGUGAGGAUGAACAAGAAUGCUUUGGUUUACUUGGUGAGGCAGUUGAAGGAGUUGCAGGUGCUUAAUGUGACUCACGGUUUCAUCAUUUCUGGGAAUCGACCAGACAAUACCAUAGUACACCCACAACAUGCGGUUCCAAUAUUGCUGCAGAACAUUCCGAGAAAGCCGACGUUAAUGAACUGUAAAGGCCACUGUCUCAAGUGUCAAGAAGUGUUUAUUUGGAAUAUGAUGAACAAAUGGAGGGAACCCAAAGAGCUUAUUUGGCGCAACGAUGUGAUCCCUACAUUUCGAGCUUGA